GACGCCGGCCAGCCGUCCGAGGAACUAGGGAACGGCCCUGCUUAACCGAGGGGCUCAGACCCACCGUGGACAACCGUCCACUCAGACCCCGGAGCGUCCUUGGGGAAGGGACACAGCUCCACCCCACCCCUCCGCCCUUCUUGUAGCGCGGCUGCGCCGCAGAGACGAAUGUUCCUUGUCGGCCGCCGUAGUCCCGGAGACCUGACGGCGGGUUCCCAUUGGCUGCGCUUUUGGCGCCAAAGCGAAACGCGGAGGCGGAGGCCAGGAGCUGGCGCUCUCGUAGUGGAGGAUGGAAUCAGACAAGUUCUGGAGGAGAUGAAGACUUUGUAUGAACAAAACCAAUCUGAUGUGACUGAAGCAAAGUCAGGUGGACGAAGUGAUUUGAUACCAACCAUCAAAUUCCGACACUGCUGUUUGUUAAGAAAUCGACGUUGCACAUUAGCAUACCUGUAUGACCGGUUGCUUCGGAUCAGAGCGCUCAGGUGGGAGUAUGGCAGUGUCUUGCCAACUGCUCUACGGUUUCACAUGUCUUCUGAAGAAAUGGAGUGGUUCAGUCAUUAUAAAAAAUCCCUUGCUACUUACAUGAGGACACUGGGAGGAGAUGAAGGUUUGGACAUUACACAGGAUAUGAAGCCUCCAAAAAGCUUAUAUAUUGAAGUGCGGUGUCUAAAAGACUACGGAGAAUUUGAAGUUGAUGAUGGCACUUCAGUCUUACUAAAAAAGAAUAGCCAGCACUUUUUACCUCGGUGGAAGUGUGAGCAGCUGAUCAGACAGGGAGUGCUGGAACAUGUCCUGUCAUGACCACACACUGGGGCCCACUGUGCCCACUGCUGAGAGCGAGGUUGAAACAUCUACACUUGGCCAGAGCUCACCACCUGCCCCUCUCUCCUUAAUGCUGGGAGUCACAGAAGUUCGCCAAGAAAACCAGGAGCACUUGAACAGGGAGCAUAGUUGGCUGUUAAAAGACCCUUGUCUUUCUAUGUUGUAUGUCGUUCUUCCUACUCCUUUUUGUAGUACACGGUACUUGUAAUCAUAGCAUUACUACAGUGUGCUUUGAAAAUGAAAAUAAACAUUGUUAACAUUUGGA